CACAGAGCAGAAGUAAUUCCUCACCUACUGUAUCAGUCAAAUUAAAAAAACAAACAAACUGGGGUUUUUUCAUGGAAGCAACACAAUGGAUUGGAUAAUUUGUGUUACACUAUUUUCAUCUGUGUUAAAUGCUGCACUUUGUUUCAAUAUUGAUCCCGUGGCUUGGAAGACCCUGAGUAACUCUGCUGCUGGUUUUGGCUACCAGGUGAUUCAAAGACAAUCAGAUGUGCUCGUCAGUGCCCCAGUAGAACAAUAUUCACAAAAUCGAAGGGGGAAAAUUUAUAGCUGCACCGCCUCUCCCCGAAACUGCCAAAAUAUCCCGUUUGAAGCACCAGAUUUUGCAGUCAACAUGUCGCUUGGUCUGACAAUGAAAAGUGAUCCCUCAACACAAAACACUGUGGUGUGUGGUCCAACCAUCCCAAAGGACUGCAAAAGUAUCACCAUGUACAACGGUGUGUGCUUCCACAUGGACCGUUCUAAUAUAUUUGGACUACCCAUACCUUCUUCUCUUCAAGCAUGCCCGCCGCAAGUAGACAUUGCUUUUCUGUUGGAUGGUUCAGGCAGCAUAUCUACUACAGACUUUCAAACAAUGAAGACAUUUGUGAAAACGCUAAUUCAGUCAUUUCUCUCAAAUGAUGCACAGUUUUCUGUUUCCCAGUUCUCCACGUUCCCUCUAAUUCAUUUUUAUUUUAAGAAAUUUACCUCAUCUGGACCAUGGAUUGACAUAGAUGGAAUUAGUCAGCUGGGGGGAGCUACUUACACAGCUAAGGCCAUCAGACAUGUUGUGAACUAUGUUUUCAUACCAGGUUCUAGACCAAAUGUAAAGAAGGUCUUGAUAGUAAUUACUGAUGGACAAUCUCAUGAUCGUUAUGAUCUGGGAGGUGCAGCACAGCUAGCAGAGAGUAAAAACAUUGUUCGAUUUGCUAUUGGGGUAAGUGGGAGUGCAUUUACUAACAGUGCAGCAAAACAAGAACUGGACACCAUUGCAUCUUCUCCCUCAGUCAAAUACGUGUUUCAAGUGCAGAACUUCAACGCACUUGAAUUAAUAAGACAGAGUCUGCAGGACAAAAUCUUCUCCAUUGAAGGAUCUCAAAGCAGUGGAGAGUCACUGACAAUGGAAAUGUCUCAAGAGGGAUUCAGUGCAGUUUAUGUGCCCGAGGGAAUUCAGAUGUCUAUUGUUGGUGCAAACCAGUGGAAGGGAGGCUACGUGCAAUACACAACUGGAGGCCAGAAGCUGAAAACAUAUGAGGAUGUGUCUUUGGAGCCUGACAGCUAUCUUGGUUACUCCAUGGCAACUGCUAAAACCCGAAGUGGCUCACUAACAAUUGUUGGUGCUCCAAGAUACAAACACAGAGGAGUUGUGGUCGCUGUUAACAGACAAAGCUUUGAAAACCAAAAGAUCGAGCCCUUUUCAUCACAGUAUCAGACUGGUGCAUAUUUCGGGGCAGAGGUGUGUACCAUGGACACAAAUAAUGAUGACAUCACUGAUCUGAUCUUCAUAUCAGCCCCAAUGUACAUGGAGCCUGAUAGAGAGGGAAGAGUUUAUGUUUGCAGACUAACUGGUUUGUUUGUAGAGUGUAAUUUUGAUGAUCCGUUAGUACUAAGAGGACAUUUAGCUGUCAAAGGAAGGUUCGGCUCUUCUCUUGCUGUGCUGCCUGAUCUAAACUCAGAUGGAUUCAGGGAUUUGGCAGUUGGAGCACCUUUGGAGAAUAAUGGUGAAGGCAGCAUCUACAUAUUCCACAGUGAAGGAGGACGAAUCAGUCCUACUUACUCACAGAGAAUUACUGGCUCUGAGGUCCAGUCAGGACUGAAGUUCUUUGGAGUGACAAUCAGUCAGUCGUCUUUUGAUCAGAGUGGUGAUAAACUACCUGACUUAGCGGUGGGUUCAAAGGGCACGGUUGUCUUACUGAGAUCAAGGCCUAUUGUAAUGGUUGAAGUCGAGGUGUCAUUCAGCCCAAACCAAAUCCCUACUCAGAAUGUAAGCUGCUCAAAACCACUGCAGAACACAGCUACAGUCUGCUUUACCAUGAGCAGAGUGUCUACAGUUGAUCGAGCUCAAGCUAGAAUUAAUUAUACUUUUACACUCGAUGCCACUCGCAAACCUCCAAACAACCGAGCUUACAUCAGUGGGAAACAACGAGAGGAGUCUCGAUCGGUCAUUGUUGACUUAAGUACACCAAACUGUUCAACUGUAAACUUCUUUAUUGAGGCCUGCCCAGACGAUGCUCUCAAUCAACUUUCCAAUGAGCUCAAAUUCACAUUUGACGGUUUUCCUUCCAACACAAAUCUCAGACCAAGCCUUGCUCAGCAGGCUCAAACAACAAUAAUUUAUCCUUUAGGGUUUGAGAUCAACUGCGGAACUGACAACAAAUGUGUUGAUGACCUAAAACUGGACUUCAACUUCACCAGGGUCAUGACCACCAGGUAG